ACGAGGCCGCUGUCUCUCCUCGAUUCAAGUAGCUUUAAGGAAACGAAAGAAGAAGGAAAGGCUUCUCCCUUUCUAUGAGCAGAGGCGCCAGCAGCCUCCUGUCUCUCACUUAGUGUGGACCUUGGUGUCCGUACGUCAGGCCGGGAGCACAGGGAACGGGAUAGAAGAGGAGACGAGCGAGGUGUAUAUAUCAGAGAUAGAAUAUGAAGGAAACGGAGAGAAUGCCGCGACAGUAGUAUUGUUGCUAGUCUCCAGUACAAAGAAAACCACCGUCUCCUUCUCAUACCUGCGUUGCUUCUCUGUAGCUUUUCCACUCUUUAAUUUCCUUGUAUCUCUUUCUACUCCUCUUUACCACCCCACCAUGGCUGCCCUCGUUCCUGACAGCACAAACAACAGCAGUAGCAGCAACAAGCUAGACGUCGACGGCCUCUCUUGCUCUUCCGCCAUCAGCGGCGGCGCCAGCGAUAACACGACCUACGUGCGCGCCGACCCUGACAACUUCCGGGCCUUGGUGCAGAGGCUGACCGGCGCCUCCGCCGCCACCGACAACUACUCCGUUCGCAGGCUUCCCUCAGAAGCACGGAAGGUCGAGAGCAAGAAGCGGAAGCUUCAAGAUAGAAGGCGGGUCCCCACCAAGCUCGAGAUCAACAUCAACCCUUCGCUCUACUCCACAAGUGCUACUUGUUAUCAUCGGCAACGCCAUUACCACCGCUUUAGUUGCACAGGAAGUUGGAGCAAAGGACACGAGGCAGGGCUGCUUACGUCUCCGAUAUCGACCAUGGAUUCUAUCUUGCUCGUCUCUUCCGCCAGUCCUACCGCCGCGACUCCUGCAGGUGCUGCCGUUCUACUUGUUAAGAAAGAGGAAGAGGAGAGAGCGAUCGCAGAGAAGGGGUUCUAUCUGCACCCUUCGCCUCGGAGUAACAGCAGAGAGCCACCCAAACUUCUGCAGUUGUUUCCCCUCCAUACUCCCAAGAACUCAUCCGUUUCUACCUCAGAGUAGUUAGCUACCUCUUCUUCUUAUCGUUCGCUCUUUCUUCUCUAUAUU